CGGAUAGGCAAUGUUAGCCACCAGUGAUGAUUUAGGGACACGCAAAACCUACUUUGCUUUGGACACUUCCGCGCGCAAGCGCAUGGGCUCCAUGGGAGAUGGCUGAAGAGGGGAGCUGGCUUCUGACCAAUCCAGAAGCAGGAGCUCCGACCGCCCGUGAGCGGCUGUGCGAAUGGGCUUGGGCGGUGAAGCACUGGUGGUGGGAGAUUACGGACCCCGUGAUUCUCAGCAGCCCUUGGCUUUGCCCCACUACUGGGCGCACCCUGCGAGUCCUCUGGGUCCUUGCUCAGUUCUUGGGUUGGUCCUACCUCAUCUUCCGGCAUCAAGGCUGGAAGGAAGCGCUGGAGGGCCCCUUGAGGGUGGACUUUGCCAUCUUGAUCUUGCUCUUGCUGGGCACGGUCUUCACCACACUGGCGAAACGGGAGGGUGUCUUGGGGAGCAUUUGCCUUUGUUUGGGAGUGAUGCAAAGCUUCGAGAUUCUGGCCCAUGUUGCUCCGGGAGAGGAGAACCACCAUUUGGUCAUUGCCUUUGUGGUGCUGUGCCACAGCAAUGUACACCCGGUGGCCCUCCUGAUUGUGUUGAUGUACUGCAUCACAUUUGCGUGGAGGUGGAGGGACAUCAUCGAGGAGAUAAGCAUUGAGUUUUCUGACAAGAGCCUCAGGAAGAUUUUGCACUACAUGGACGACAAAGAAAGAGGCUUCUGGCUCCACAAUAUCCUCUUUGAGUUCAUCAUGUUUGGAGGCUUUCUUUGGGACUUCACCUGCCGCGUGAAGUGCGUGGCGUCGGGAUGCUUCACCAACGGCGACAACGAGGACCCCUCAUCAAGCCCAGUCCUAGGGCGUCACGGGAGGCUCUUUUGCUGGGCAGCAGCCAUCAAUAGCUGGGUGUGGUGGUUGUGGCUGGUUUGGGCAAAACGGAAGAUGCUGGAGGAGGUGAAACCCCAUUGGAUGAAGUACUUCAAGGAGCACUUGCCCAGUGGUUCUUUCUAUUUUAUCCCCACGGUGCCCGUCCUGCUUCUGGUCUACUGCGGCGCGUCCGCCUGGGAGAAGGAUGUCACCUUGGCGGUUUCCUGCUGCAUUCCCCCCAUUUUCAUGUCUUUGGAGAUGACUUUGGAGCUUUCGGAUCCAAAUCACAUUGACUUCAUCGACGACCGAGCCCUGUGCCUCGUAGAGGUCCUUUUAGCAACUCAGAUCACACUCCAAGCAGGAUGCUACCCAUUGGUGUGCAUCAGCGCAAUGGGACUCACCAGCAUCUUGAUUUGCUUCACUUGGCCCUCCUGGCUGUUCCAGAAGAUGUGGAUGGACUACCAAGAUCCAUCCACCCUGGUCCCAGUAGUGUUGGGCUUGGCUUGGAUCUUGGUCUUUUGUCACACCAUCACCUUCCACGCCCGCUGGCGCGCGAUCCGGGCCGGCAUGGAGCGCAGCGCCAGCAACGCCCAGUCCGCCCUGCGGGCCUUGGGGAUGGAGGUGGAGUUGGCACCACUUCCACGUCGUCCGUGCCUUUGCAUCGCUGCCCAUGGCGAGUGGGACUCACCGGGUGGGCCACUGUCGGCCAUGGGGCAACGGCAGGUGGCUGAACUGGCGGAAGCGCUGGAGAGGGAGGACCUGAGCUUCGACCGGAUCGUCUCCUCUCCUUCCACCGCCUGCUGGGAGACAGCCCAAGUCCUCGCUGAGCACUUCGGGAGUCAAGGGAGCAACGGUGCUGCGUCGAUGUCGGUGGUAGCGGAUGAGGAGCUGGAGCUUUUACCCGGAGAGCUGGAUGAUGCUGGUGGAGUUUCAGCGGAGGCACGAAGACGCUUUGCAGCAGCAUUCCUGCACCAGCUUGAGCAGUUGAAUUCGCUCGAGGGAGGUGUGCAGGGAUGUCUCUUGGUCACUCACUGCCACUAUCUCCAAGCCUCCGCCUGCGCUUUGCCUGCCUUGCGGCACCGGCCCAUCCACACCACGCGCGGCGCCGCGUGCCUGGUGGCGCUGCGCAUGCCCUCGGGGGGAGCGUGGGAGGCCUGGCUGCGGGGAGUGGGGAGCGCACAGCUUGGCUCGAGCCACGAGUUGGCCAGCGCCUUGGCGGCGCUUCCCCCCCCUGGAGACGUGCCGCGCGACCUCGGCGCUGCGCGGCUCCUCCAGCGCUUCGAGCCUCAGCAGCUCGGGCGACAGCGUGGCCUCCACCGCCAUGGUGGCAGCAGCCGAGAACGAAGGCUUCGAGAAAUACCCGAUGACUUGAAGCCGCUGACCCUGCUUCCCUCCAUGCGGACCCUGUCUCCGUCACCGGGGGACGACCAGGGUCUUUGUGCUUCCCACCGACUGCGGGUCCGGAGCACCGGAGGUUGACGGUGCUUUCCCGGAGCUGCGAAGCAGCCACCAAGAUCAUCCCGCCUUGGAUGACGUGGUGGAAGAAGGAAG